UCUGCCUCGGGGCUGGGAACAGACCCAAAUCCCUGCCCAAGCUCUCAUCGCCGCCUCGUCCAGCCCAAGAGAUUCGAAGCACGAACGUUCCCCUUAUACGGAAGUGCUGAGGGCCGGCCUGUGCCCGCGGAGUUUUGAAAUCCCAUGGAAAACCGGGGAUUGUCGUCCCCCCCCAACCUCAUCCCGGGCCGGCCUCGCCUGUGCCGGGGGAUGCUUGGCGUUCCUGCGAGCAUCCCGGGGCUGCCGAGAGCCGGCGGCUGGAUUGGCUGCGGUGGCCGAACCUUUCCUUUUUAGGCUGCGCGCCUGCUCCGGCUCGGGGCUUUGCCGCUGCGGUCCCGGCUUCAAACUGGCCGUGGCCGAGGCUUCCUGGCCUGGCUGGUCGUGGUGCUGUGGGCUGGGAGGUUCGGGGAUCCUGCAGGGAUGGGGAGCUAGGAGCCGACGCGCCUGUCCCUGGCGAAUGCCAGGGAUGGAAAAGACGCCGCAGGUCUGGGGUCAGACCCCACGGUUUGCACCAGUUCAGGGGUGUUGCUGGGGGUUUGGGGACAGUGCCCCCAACCAUGGGGCGGGAUGCUGCCUCCACCCAACCCCUUUUAUUUCCCACACACACACUGGGUUUGAGGUUUUUGGCUUUUUUUUGUUUUUUUUGUUCAGCAUGUCAUAUAUGGCAACCUUUUGCCUCAGUGACCUCAUGUUUGGCGGUGGACCAAGGGAACUGGGUCAGGGCUCCAGGCGGCGGCAGGUCCCCAGGGCUCGGGGCAUGCAGUGGGGACACCGACAAGUGUGUCGGGGGACUCGGGGACAAAUCCAGCCCCCGUGUGCUGAGGUUUCCCUGGAGGAAGCGGGAUAACAGGGCAGAGCCAUCGGCCGGGGACGUUGCUGGAGGUGUAAGCAGGCUCGUCGUGCCAGGGAGACACCGUGUCCCUGUCCUGUCCUACAGGGUGACGGCCUGGGGGGGCGGGAACACCAGGACUCUUGGGUGCCUUUGGUGGUGGUGGGACCCUGCAGCUCUUGGUCCUUAUUGCUGCACCGGUGCCUUGGUCCCUGCCCUGAGCACAGCUCGGGACCCUGCAAAGUAGGAAGCGGUGCAGGCACCCCAUGCCUCAGUUUCCCCAUCUGCAACCCAAGUCCCCAUAGCUCUGGGUGGUGGCUCCAGGGCACCUCUCCUGCACCUCCUCCCCACCCCGGGUGCUCAGGGAGAGUCCCUGGUACGGGGCUGUUGCCCUUAAAAAGGCAGCCGGGAGUUUGGCAGCCGCUGGUUGGCCUCUGCCAGGGCCGCGGGCUGCUACGGCUCCGCUCGCCGCCUGCCAAGGCUGCAGCUGCAGGGCCGGGGGUGGCUCCAGCCCCCCUGUGCUGUGUUUGGGCAGGGGGAUCUGGGGACAGCACCCCCAUCACCCCUCGGGGGGUCCAGGCUCAUCCUGCCUCCAAAAUCCUCCCGGGGAGGGGUGGGAGCUGGGCGCACCCGUGGAGCAGAGCUGGGCUUCGGACCCACCGGUGCCGGCCCUGCUCCAGCCGAGGAUUUGGGGGACGAGGGGCUUUGGGGCACCGAAAGCCCAAAAACGGGGGCAGAGAGAGAGAGAACCCCAGGGAGAGACAUCCUAAAGGUGCCAGAUGCCGGGGAGACAUGGGGGAGCCGAGGCUGGGAGGAAGUGAUGUACCGACCCCGUGCAUUUCCACUAUCUCAGCGCUGCCAAUCCCAGCUCCGGGGUGUCCCCAUCGGCAGAGCCCCGACACCCACCUCCACCCGGGUGGGGUUUCUCCACGCUCUCCCCGGGAACCGGAGAUACUUCCACCUCCUUUUUGCCGAGACCGUCGCUUAUAAGGACUUGUGUCUCGCUUAUUUAUCGGAGCGGAGCAUAAAAGGAACAGACUCACAAAUGGGAUGUUGCCUCCCAAGCAUCCCCAUGUACAUUUUUCUUACAAUAAUUAACUGUGCUGGGUCCUACCCAUCAGUCCAAGGUCAAUUUAAUGAAAUAAAACACCUUAUAUGGCCAUAUGGCUAACACACCAUCACUUAGCCUAUUUAGGGUCUUUGUUUAGAGAGGAUCCGCCUCUGAGGUUUCACGGGCUCGCUGGUAUUUAUACCAAAGGCGCAUCGGGACUCGGUCCCAGAGGAAAGGAGCUCUCGCCUCCGUGCUUUUCCCCCAGGUCCCCCUGAACGCCAACCGCUCCCGGCCCCACCAUGUGCGAGGAGGAGACCACCGCCCUGGUCUGCGACAACGGCUCUGGCCUCUGCAAAGCCGGCUUCGCCGGCGACGAUGCCCCCCGCGCCGUCUUCCCCUCCAUCGUGGGGCGGCCCCGGCACCAGGGUGUCAUGGUAGGCAUGGGGCAGAAAGACAGCUAUGUGGGCGACGAGGCGCAGAGCAAGAGGGGCAUCCUCACGCUCAAAUACCCCAUCGAGCACGGCAUCAUCACCAACUGGGAUGACAUGGAGAAGAUCUGGCACCACUCCUUCUACAACGAGCUGCGCGUGGCCCCCGAGGAGCACCCGACCCUGCUCACUGAGGCACCCCUCAACCCCAAGGCCAACCGGGAGAAGAUGACCCAGAUCAUGUUUGAAACCUUCAACGUCCCCGCCAUGUAUGUCGCCAUCCAAGCUGUCCUCUCCCUCUACGCCUCCGGCCGCACAACCGGCAUCGUCCUCGACUCCGGGGACGGUGUCACCCACAACGUGCCCAUCUACGAGGGCUAUGCUCUGCCCCACGCCAUCAUGCGUCUUGACUUGGCUGGCCGCGACCUCACCGACUACCUCAUGAAGAUCCUCACUGAGAGGGGCUACUCCUUCGUAACCACCGCCGAGCGGGAAAUCGUGCGUGACAUCAAGGAGAAGCUCUGCUAUGUGGCCCUCGACUUCGAGAACGAGAUGGCCACAGCCGCCUCCUCCUCCUCGCUGGAGAAGAGCUAUGAGCUCCCCGACGGGCAGGUCAUCACCAUCGGGAACGAGCGUUUCCGCUGCCCCGAGACCCUCUUCCAACCCUCCUUCAUCGGCAUGGAGUCAGCCGGCAUCCACGAGACGACUUACAACUCCAUCAUGAAGUGCGACAUCGACAUCCGCAAGGACCUCUACGCCAACAACGUGUUGUCCGGCGGCACCACCAUGUACCCCGGCAUCGCCGACCGCAUGCAGAAGGAAAUCACGGCGCUGGCUCCCAGCACCAUGAAGAUCAAAAUCAUCGCCCCACCGGAGCGGAAGUACUCAGUGUGGAUCGGCGGCUCCAUCCUGGCGUCCCUCUCCACCUUCCAGCAGAUGUGGAUCAGCAAACCCGAGUACGACGAGGCCGGACCCUCCAUCGUCCACCGAAAAUGCUUCUAAGCCCCCUCCCCGCCCCACGGUGCCCCCCCCGGCCCGGGGCACCCUGCUCCUCCUCGGUCCCCGCUGCUCCCCCCCGCCCACCGCGCAUUAAAGCCUUUUCUCCAGG